AUAAGUGAACAUCGUGCCGCUGCUGCUGCUGUAAUAAAUUCUGUUUUUGUUUCUCUUAAACUCAGUUGUGUCUCACUAUUAUCUUGUGAUUUAAAUUAACAAUGAAAUUAACGAUCGUUGUUUGGUUAGCCGUAGUUAAUUUGUUGGUGUCUGCCGAUGUGUCGAGUGAUGAUAAUGUAUCGAAAGGAAAAAGAGAAGCACCAAUGGCGGAACCGUCACAAGAAUAUUUACCACCACGAUUAGAAGCACCGUAUGCUACAUUUCAACCGAUUGUUGUUCCGCAACAUUCUUAUUUUCGAUCGACAUCAUUCAAUCAACCCCAAACAGGAGCUCUUCAAGCUCCAGUUGCGCCGGCAUACGAAUACAAUCGAUUUGCUGGCGUGAUUCCAUUGCAAACGGUGGAAAAUAAUGAUCUUGUUGACAAUCAAGGACAGUCGUAUAAUAAUAACCAAGGAUCAUCAUAUAAUAAUAAUCAAGGACCGUCGUUCAUUAACCAAGGAUCAGUUUUUAACAAUCAAGUGCCGUCAUAUAACAAUAACCCGGGUCCACCAUAUUACAAUAAUAUUUACGGAGUAAGUGGUGCAUAUACCGAAGGUAGUUCAUACGGUGGUGCAAAUUCAUAUGGAAGUUUCAUAAAAUAUGGUCAAGGUUCAAACAUCCCAACACACUACGGGUCAUCAAAUGGAUUGGGCCAAAGUUUAAAUGUAUAUACCGGUGGCAAUGGAUUUGAAAAUAACGAUCAAUAUUCAACCAUUAAAAAUAGUCAAUACGGUAACACUGGUUCAAACUACGAAAAUUCAUUCUACGGAAAUCCAUCGUCAGGCUCAGCAAAAUACCCAUCGUCGGCAACACUUUUGUCCAAUCAACCACCAUCUUAUGCAUCAGGCGUCAAAGGCUUGGGUCACUACACACAAACAAAUCAAAUCUCCAAUUUGAAUACACACACACCACUGAAAAAUAGUCGCCCGAUUGCAUUACAACCAGCCCAUUUGCAACGCAAACAACCCUCAUUCUUAACCGAACCAACAAAAAAUCCAAACUUUCGUCCAUCAUUUCUCCUGGGAUCGCAAAUUUUGACCUCAACACCUGAUUACGGUUUAAAUAAUGCUUUAAAUCAACCGACAUUGACCUCACUUGGGACCAACAAUCAAUAUAUACCACCAUCAACCCAAUCAAUUCCCCAACAAUAUACAGCGCCACAAGCGUUGGCACAAUUGCCACUAACACAACAACAUGAAUAUUUGCCACAAUCUACGCCAAACUUUCUGAAUAGCUAUCAAUCAUCUGUGCCGAAUUCAUUUGGAUUGCCCGAGACAGUAAUUUACACGAAAUCGUCAUUGUACGGCGAACGAUAUGGUGCAACACAGUAAUCAGCUGCAUUUGAUCAUAGCCAAAUAAUAUUCGGUUAUCUUUUUUUUUUGUCGCCAUUUAGAUCGUUUCGAGAAUCCAUGAAUCUUAUUUAUUAUAUUGUUUAAACAAAUAAAUUAAGUCUCCGACAUUUUAU